AUGGCGGCACACUUGAUUGCCCGCGACAAUGUCGCCGGCACAGCCAGCAGCGCGCCCUCGGCCCGCGGCAGUUGUGGUUUCACAUGGAGGGCGCUGACUGCGCCGCUGCGGCGCCUGUUGGCAAGCAACAAAGUUGGCAAUGUCACCAGCGGUGGCAGCAGCACAACACCGGUGGCGGCGUUGGCGGCGAAGGCAGCGGCGAGCGACCCCUUUGACGGCGUCGGUUGCUCGCGGUCGUUCUUCCUCAUGGGCCGCAGCAACCCCCUGCGUCGUGCAGCGCUGAUUGUCGCCCACAGCCGUGCAUUUGACGCCGCCAUCAUCGCCGCGAUAGCCGCCAACUGUGUGUGCCUGGCGGCGAGCAGCAGCGCGCCGGGAUUCGACGCGUCCCCGCUCGGCGUGGCCCUGGCGGAGGCGGACAUUGCCUUUCUGGCCGUAUUUGGCGCUGAAAUGCUGGUCAAGUGGGUGGCGCUCGGCGUAUUUGCGGCCCCAGGGACCUACUUCCGGGACGCUCAACAUCCGCGGGCGCCUGAGUGCCAGCAGCAGCAGCACCACCACCACCACCACCAGCAGCAGCAGCAGCAGCAGCAGCAGCAGCAGCAGCAGCAGCAGCAGAGUGGCUGGAAUGUGCUUGACGCCGCGGUCGUGCUGCUGGGCCUGCUGGAGCAGGCGGGGCUGGGCAACUACACCGCGCUGAGGGCGGUGCGCGUGCUGCGGCCGCUGCGCACUGUGACCAAGAUACCAGGCCUUAGGGCGCCGGUGCUGGCUCUGCUGCGGUCCCUGCCCAUGCUGAUGGACGUGAUGCUGCUGUGCCUGUUCAUGUUCUUCAUGUUUGGGGUGGUGGCGCUGCAGCUGUUUUCGGGGGCGCUCAGGAACAGAAACCCAAACCAGGGGAUGACGAGCUUUGACAAUAUCCUGUGGGCGUGGAUCGCGAUCUUCCAGAUCAUCACCCAGGAGGGCUGGAGCGACAUCCUGUACGCCACCCAGCAGGCCGUCUCCCCCUGGACCUGGGUUUACUUUGUUCUGCUGGUGAUAUUCGGGUCCUUCUUCGUCAUCAACCUCGCCCUGGCCGUCCUGUACCUCCAAUUCACGAAGGACGCGCCGCCCCCGGCCCCGCCUGCCACGGACCCCGCGCCGGCCGAGGGCGUGGCGGCGGGGGGCACGAGCGGCGCAGGAGGCCCCGGGGCGCAGAGCAUGGGGCGCGUGGCGUGGGAGAUGGAUCGCGCGGGCAGCUGCGGCUCCGACGGCAGCAGCGAUCACGAGGGUGGAGUUGACGCAAGCUGCAAUGCCAAUGGACAAAGCGUCGCCCUUGCAGCCGCCUGGGAUCCGGGGGAGCCUGCGCCUCCACCGGGCCUGGGUUCAGCCCAGGAUCCUGCCGCUGCGCACGAGGUCCCAGGCAGGGUUGGGGAGAGCACUGGGGAUGGCGGGGCAGGCGCGGCUGGACGCGGUAGCGACGGCCGUCGUGGCGGGCAGCUGCUGACAGCAGGAGACGCAAAGGUGGUUGUGCGGCGUUCGGUGAUGGGUGCCGGCAAGCCUAGGGCGUCAGCCUUGAGGAAGAAGCCUCUGGUGGCAGUCGAUCCAGAGGAGGACGCCAUGUUCGCCCCCACCUGGGUCGGAGGCACAACCGCAGCAGACCGCGGCCCCCGGCGCACCAGCCGAGGGUUUGGGUGCCUGGCGGCUGUUGCUGGCGCCUGGCGGCAGCUGCAGGGCUCAUGCAGGGCACUGCAAGCGUCGUUUGCGUUCCAGGCGGCCAACCUCGUCAUCAUCCUCGCCAACACCGCCGUCAUGGCCUCUGUGGCCUACCCCGCCCUCAGCCCCGCCUGGGACCAUGCUGACGACAGCCUUAACCUGGCGUUCACGGCGUGGUUCGCGGCCGAGAUGAUCGUGAAGGUGGUGGGGCUGGGGGUCCGGGGCUACCUGGCGGGCGGCAUGAACAGGUUUGACGCCGUGGUGGUAGCGGCGUCGCUGGUGGAGGUGGUAAUCGGCCUCAUCCCAUGCGUCAGCUCCACUCUGGGCGGCUCGCUGUCAGUGCUGCGCACCUUCCGCCUGCUGCGCGUCUUCAAGCUGGCGCGCAGCUGGAAGGAGCUGAAUCGCAUCAUCAACACCAUCGGCCGCUCCAUAGUGUCGGUCGGGUACCUCUCCCUGCUGCUCCUGCUGCUCGUGUUCGUCUUUGCGCUGAUGGGAAUGCAGAUCUUUGGCUACCGCCUGCGCUGGUGUGCCGUGGACGGCGCCGCGCCGCUGUGCCCGCCUGGGCUCGACCCCGCGGCGGACUGCCCGGCGCACCCGGACUGCUUCGUCCCGUGCGACGCAGCGCGUGCCGGCAGCUGGCUGCCUGUGCCCGGGUCGCCCUACAACGGGCUCGCGUACUGUGAGCGGUUCCCACGCGAGCCCACAGGCGCCAGCGGCGCCGACAACUUGUCCAGCGUGGGCGCCAGCACCCCCAUCGUCAACGCCAGCGAUUACCAGUACUGGGCCCAGGUGGGGGCCGCGUCCGUGUCGCGGACGAGGUUCGAUAACAUCGGCUGGAGCCUGCUGGCGGUGUUCCAGAUCCUGACGCUCGAGAAUUGGAACGAUCUCAUGUACAUCUCCAUGGAGGCCGUGUCGCCAGCCACCUGCCUCUUCUUCGUCGGCGUCAUCGCCUUUGGCACUUACGUCAUGCUCAACCUCUUUCUGGCCAUCCUGCUCGACAAUUUCUCGGCCGGCGACGACGGCAGCGCCAGCGGCGGCACCGGCUCCGACACGAUGCGCGAGGCCGCCGCUGCGGCCGCCGCGGGCGCGGCAGUCCUGGAUUGGAUGCGCGGGCUGAUGGGCUGCUCCUGGCUUGCGGCGCGGAGGAGGAGGCAGAGGGUCGCACCGCUGCCGUCCCCACCACCUCUGCCCCAGCCACAGCCCCAGGCACAGGCGCAGCUGCAAUCGCAUCCCGAGACGCAGCCUGAGCGGCAGCCGCAGCUGCAGUCUCAGCAGCAACGCCAGCUGCCGGAGCAGCCGCAGCCGCAGCCGCAGCUGCUGCCGCAGCCGCAGCUGGCAGUCAGGCGCGGAGCCUGCGCUCAGGUACUCUUGACUGGGUCGCCUCAGGUGGCGACAGAGACCCCCAUCAGCCGGGCUUCUGUCCGCUUGGCCCCGCUUGCGCUGCCGGCAGCCAGUCGCACCGUGGCUGGGUCACCCCAGCCAGCUGAGGCUGUCGCGCACAGCGACGGGUCCUUUGCGUCCCUGUCGCGGCAGCGCCUGACUACAGGGCCGGCCGUGCUGAUGCGAGGCGCCGGUGCGAGCGGCCGCUCGUCGCCGGUUGGCGGGGCGCUUGGCGGCAGCCCCAGGGCUCCCAGCUCCCUGGCAGGCGCGGGGCUGUCACCAGCGGACGGCGGCUUUGGCAGGUCAUUCACUUCUGGACAUCAUCAGCGCCUCACCCCACCUCUGGGCCACGCUUCGCUCUUGUCGCACUCUGGCGUGGCCCACGCGGGCGACGCCAGCAACAGCGGCCACACCGGCGUCUUCGAACGUUUUGGGGAAAUGAUGGGGCCGGCUAUGGGCGGGGGCAGCUUCUCGGCAGGUUCAGCCGGCGGGCUAGACCUGUUUCUGGCCCCAAAGCGGGAGCGCAGCUUUGUACCGCUCGGCGCCUCAAGAUCAGGGGGCGUGCGCGGCAUCACAAAUGGCUUCGACAGCGGGGCCGCAGCCGGGGGUCUGGCAGGAUCCCUGCCGCCGCAUGUGGGAGGCAGCCGGCUGGCUCUGCCGGAGCUCGAGGCGCGGCUGGCGACGGCUCCGUCUGACGCGUCGGCCGCGCUUGAUGGCAGGGCCUCCGAGAGCGCCACCCCCCGGGUGCUCCGCGGCAACGCCCUCUGGCUCCUGCCCCCAGGCAGCCGCCUCCGCACCCUCCUGGCGCGCGUGAUCUCUCACCGCCACUUCGACAACACGAUUCUCCUGCUCAUCCUCUUCAGCUCCCUGACGCUGGCUGUAGACACCCCUGGCCUCGACCCCAACAGCUCGCUGAAGGCGGCGCUACGCGUGCUGGACAUCGUCUUCACCGCGCUGUUCGCGGCCGAGGCGCUGCUGAAGAUCACAGUCCAAGGCUUCGCGCUCAACGGCCCAACCUCGUACAUACGGAACCCGUGGAACGCUCUGGACUUUGUUAUCGUCGUCGUCGGUUUCGUGACCCUGGGGUUCUCGGCCAGCGGGCGCCAGUCCCACCAGCUGGCCGGGCUGCGCGCGCUGCGCACGCUGAGGGCCCUGAGGCCCCUGAGGGCCGCGAGCCGACUGGAGGGCAUGAAGGUCGUGGUCAACGCGCUGUUUGCCAGCAUCCCCGCCCUGGGCAACGUGCUGCUGGUGUGCUUGCUGUUCUACCUGAUAUUUGGCAUCAUGGCAGUCAACCUCUUUGCGGGGAAGCUUCACUUCUGCAGGGAUGACACCACGGGAACCGCCAUCAACCCGUCCUACGUGCUGCCACCGGGCGCCACCCUCACCAAAGACUGGUGCCUCGCCUCCGCCGAGCAAGUCAAUGCGAGCGUCUACCACGCCGCCAUCGGCGUGGCGCCGCCGCCCUACCAGCUGCCGCGCUCCUGGGUCAACCGCGGUCAGAACUUUGACAACAUAGUCAGUGCCGUCGUGACGCUCUUCAGCAUCUCCACCACAGAGCUCUGGGUGGACACGAUGGGCGCCGGCAUCGACGCCGUCGGCAUUGACCUGCAGCCGCUCAGGGACGCCCAGCCGGCGGUGGCGGCGUUUUUCGUGGUGUUCAUGAUAUUCGGGGCUUUCUUUGUGCUGCAGCUCUUCGUGUCCGUCACGAUUGAAAAGUUCUCCCAGAUGCACGAGCAGCAGGGCAGCAGUGUGCUGCUCACGCCGGCGCAGGAGGCGUGGCUGUCGAUCCAGCGCGUCCUCGCCAACGCCGCUCUUGACCCGCGGUACCCCCCGCCGCCCGGGAAGCUGCGGGCCGCGGUGUUUGCGGUCGUCACCGACGAUGUUUUUGAGGCGGCCGUCAUGGGCCUCAUCAUCCUCAAUGUGCUGAUGCUGGCGAUGGUGCAUUACGGCAUGGCGAGCGGAUGGCAGGAGGCAAUGAGCGUUGGAAACGUCGUGUUUACAGCCCUUUUCCUGUUGGAGGGCGUCCUCAAAUGUACUGCACUGGGUCCCAAGACAUACUUCACGGACACGUGGUGCGUCUUUGACGCCUUUGUCGUCGCCGUCUCGAUAGUCGGCGUCGUCAUCGACUUCGCCACCACCAGCAACCUGCCCUUCCUGCCCCUGCUGCGCAUGCUGCGCGUCGCACGCAUGUUCCGCCUCAUCCCGCGGGCCAGGGGCCUCAACGUCCUGAUGAAGACCCUCGUAUUCUCAAUCCCCGCGCUGGCCAACGUCGGCAGCGUGCUGUUCCUGUUCCUGUUUGUGUUUGCCGUGGUGGGCAUGAACCUGUUUGGGUCCGUGAAGCCGGGGGUCUACCUGGGAGACAACGCCAACUUCCACAAUGUGGGGAGGGCGCUGCUGACACUGUUCAGGAUGAUGACCGGGGAGUCCUGGAAUGGCCUCAUGGUGGACUGCAUGGUGCGCCAGCAAUGCGUCCUCAUCACCCGUGACGUCCCCAGCAGCCCCGUCAACGCGUCGGCCGGAGCCUCGUCACCAUCUGCGGCCCUGCUAGUGGCGGCAGGCACGUGGCUGGACGCGGGGGACCCCUUGCUGGCGUCAGUGCCAAGGGACGCCCAGGAGGACGGCUGCAGCCCCAGCCCAGUGGCUGCGGUGGUCUACUUCUGCGUGUUUGUGGUGCUGUGCUCCCUGAUCCUUGUCAACUUUGUGAUUGGAGUCAUCAUUGACAAUUUCUCCCAGCAGACCAGCACAGAGGAGCUGCCAGUCAGCGGCCGCCACAUACGCCAGUUUGUAGAGAUAUGGGCAGAGCUGGACCCACGCGCCACCAACUUUACCCCCGCGGCACAGCUCGGCUGCCUGAUCAGCGAGCUGGACCCACCCCUGGGGGUCAAGGGGGAGGAGGCGGCGCGUGCCAAGCUGCAGAGCAUUGUGAUGAGCGUCGACAUCCCAGUGCAUGGGGGCAAGGUGCACUACAUUGAGACGCUGCACGCCCUUGCCGGCCGCGUGGCGGGGACCGAGGUGCCGGCGGAGGAGGAGGCCCGGGUCCACCGCCGCCUGCAGGCGCACUUGCCGCCGCCGGAGGACCCGCCACCGGCCUCGCGGUCAAGCUUCGGUGGCGGCGCUCGCGGGCGCCAGCACGGGGGAGGGUACACCGUGGCGCACUAUUUUGCAGCCAUGUAUGUUCAGGCGGCGAUCAAGGGGUUUCUGCAGCGGCAUCAGAUACAGCGUCAGGCCAGGACGAGCGUGAUCGAUGGCGGCAACGGGGAACCAGAGUUGGAGCGGUCCCAUGCGCAGUGA